CUCCCUCCGAGGGGAGGGGGGAGGAGGAGGAGGGAAGCCAAGACUAGAGGCUCACUUCCCGGUUCCUUCUCAGUAAGAGCCCGAAUGGAGGGGAGAGAGGAGCCGCGGAAUAAGGGAAGAGAGGAGCUUUAACCUCCUCCUCCUCUUCCUCCCCCCCCCUCUGAUUAAAAAGAGGGAGGGGGCGUGUUGGCGCGCGCUUGGGCGGAUGGAACGUCGCGUCAAGCGCGAGGAGGAGGUGGUCCCUGGGAGGCAAAGGCCGGCAGCAGCAGGAAGAGCGAGCAGCACCACCAGCGGCGCGCGCGCACGCUUUGCUUCCCCUCCAGGCUGGAUCCAAGAAUGGACAUUAUAGUCUAUGAUGAUUACUCCAGUCCACCGUUUCAGAGACAUUGAACGGAAGCCGGAAUAUCUCCAGCCAGACAAGUGUGUUCCACCUCCCAACAGCGGUUCCUCGGGAACCAUGUGGUUUAUCCGAGAUGGCUGUGGUAUUGCCUGUGCAGUCAUCACCUGGUUUUUGGUCUUCUAUGCUGACUUUGUAGUCAUCCUUGUUAUGCUGCUUCCAUCAAGAGACUAUAUUUACAGUGUGAUCAACGGAACAGUUUUCAACACUUUGGCAUUCCUGGCUCUGGCUUCACAUAUGAGAGCUAUGGUAACAGAUCCGGGUGCUGUGCCCAAAGGUAAUGCCACAAAGGAGUUCAUAGAAAGUUUACAGCUAAAGCCAGGACAAGUGGUUUACAAGUGUCCAAAAUGUUGUAGUAUCAAACCGGAUAGAGCACAUCACUGCAGUGUUUGUAAGAGAUGUAUACGGAAAAUGGAUCACCACUGUCCAUGGGUUAAUAACUGUGUAGGAGAGAAUAACCAGAAGUACUUUGUACUGUUUACAAUGUAUAUAGCACUGAUUUCUCUGCAUGCCCUAAUCAUGGUUGGAUUUCACUUCCUGCAUUGUUUUGAAGAAGACUGGACAAAGUGUAGUUCUUUCUCUCCACCGACUACUGUGAUCCUACUUAUUCUCCUGUGUUUUGAGGCUCUCCUCUUUCUCAUUUUUACAUCUGUUAUGUUUGGAACACAGGUGCACUCCAUCUGCACUGAUGAAACGGGCAUAGAACGGCUAAAAAAACAGGAGCCAACUUGGGAAAAAGUCAGCGGCUGGGAAGGGUUGAAGCUGGCUUUCGGGAGUGAUCUUUCACUGCGAUGGUUCAAUCCUUUUUCAGACCUGAGUUGCCAGAAGUCUCCACCAGCUGGUACAGCAACAGUUGCUCCAUCUGAGAUGGUGGCUCAGGAAGCCUUUGAGCAGCUUUCUGAUCAAGAGGUGGUUGUGGAAAUGUCUUAGUGAAUAACAUAAAGUGCCUGUACCAAUAUCAGUAUCCUGUUGAAAUUUGUGCACUUGAGGCUUAGCUUUAAAGGAUCAUGUUGCAUGAAAGCCUCGAGGCUUGCUGAGGGCCUCACUAAAUGAAUGCAAAGCAACUACAUUCCAAAUGUUCUACUGCUGAUGACAGUUUAACCAAAAUCCCAUAAAGUUCCUAUGGAAACAAUAACAGUUUUGUAAAAACUUAGCAAAACUUUUAAAAAUAUGCAAUACAAAUACUGUUUGGGAGGCAUACUACCAAGCUUAGUUUAAUUCAUUAGUCCAUUCAGCUGGGCAGUAUGUUCUCAAAAACUACCAAGAGUGGUCAAACAUGAAGACCAUGACAAAAUAAUAAAUGAAAUCUUAUUAAAUUGUUUUAAGCAUAAAAUUAAUAUAUCAGUGAAAGAGGAAAAUAUAUAAGACCCCCCCCCCAUUCUGUGAAUGCAAAGAUGGCUAUCAACAUCAGGUUGGCAGUUCUUCAUGGGCGCUCAACUACAAUGGAGGCCUAGUGAUCCGAAUGAUUUCGGGGGAGACUGAACCUUCCUAACCUAGCCUUGGAGGGGAUCAAACCCUUUCUUUGAGGGUCCAUGUGAUGAAGAAACCCAAACCAAGGACAAAAAAAAAACACCUUAAAUCCAUCCAUGUGACUCUGGGAAACCAAUGAAAUCUUGUGCUUAUUUCUGCUCAAACAUAUUCAGAAAUAUUCUUUUUUUCUUCAAGUGGCUGCUCAGGGAAUAUUAAUGUGCUAUAACUGAUUGUUUUUGUUACAAAUGAUGGUUCUCUUGCAAGGUGCAGUGGUCACUUAGCAAAACCAGCACUUAACUAAGAUAAGCUUGUAAAUACGGGACGGUUAAAAUAUAUAUUUCUGAUAGCGAUAGACAAAAGCUACAUUUGACUGGAUCUAGGAAUGUUUUUGAAUCAUCCAGUAGACCAUUUGCCUAUGAUCUCAAUUUAUUUCAGUGAAUUUUACAAAUAAGUAAAGAUCAAUGUCCUUUUGGUGUAAUCCUGAAUGGCUUGGCUGUGGGACAAUGUGGUUGUAAUCAAUGGCCAUCACCUGAAAUGUAAGGCCUAGACUACACCAUGUUUUCAAAAUGUGCAUGUUUGCGUGCAGCCAUGGCUAUUAGGUAAGGACUAAAAGGUUAUCCAAGAGACCAGUUCACAUGUGUUGUAUGUUUAAUAAUACUGUCAUGGGUGGAAAAUGUUGGGAAUAUUUCAGGUCCUCAUGAGUGGUCAGUGAACUAUGGAAAGUUGGCUGAGAACUUGAUCAACAGUGUAGAAUGCAGACCACUGAGGAUCUUAUCUAAGAGCACGACUGCAUGUUUUAAAUAUAUACAGUUAGGAACAUAUAUGAAAGGGAAGAAUGGGUUCUCCUCCCGCCUUAAUCAUGGGUGCUUUUUUAUAUUCUAUUGAGGGGACAUAUUCUUCCCUUCUGGUGCUCAUCAGUAGGGAUAGCAUCAACAAGCGCCUUAAGCACCUCAACUGCCACCUCUUGUGAAAAUACAGAAAAUAUAGGGGUGGAGGACUCUCUAUCUUGGAUGAGUGACCUCAGUAUGGCUAUGAUCCAUACAUGACUUUCCUCAUGCCCCAACAGAUUUACAUGACAAAGCACUUCUGAAACAGUAGGAAUUGUUACUGAGAAGAUGGAUUUGCUUUAUGAAAUCCCUCUAAAGUAGUUCUCUGUAUCCUAAGUUACUGUUGUCACUUAAAGCUUUACUUGUGAAAUUGAGAUAUAUUUACUUUGAAACCUGGACACUGGUUUCUGUAUCUCAGAUUGGGAGCUGAAAAACUUCCCAAUGUUUUCACUUUGAGGGGCUAGGAGGCCUUUGUAGCAUUUAUACUUUUAUGGUGGUUGGGGGAAUGUUGCUGGCUUGAAGUGAAAUCAGGGUUGUUCCAUAGUAGUUUGGAGUUCAUGUGUUUUCUUCUAAGCCCCCUGUUCAGAGCAUGGACCAGGGGAUUGUUAUUGCCCAUUCAUCUCUUAUUUUAUAUUUAUUUUUGUAUCUUGCCCUCCUUCUCCUGCCUCUAGUAAUGAUCGGGAUUCUUAUUUCUCAUAAGCUGUUUUAUUUUGACUGAGUCCAUUGGCUUGCUUAGCCCAGUAUUGUCUACUGACUAGUAGCGGCUUUCUGAAAUCUCUGGCAGUGGUCUUUCUCAUCACCUGUUGCCUGAUCUUUUUAAAACUGGAGUUAAUAGAGAUGGGAGCUAGGACUCUUUGGCAUAAAAAGUGUGUGCUGUUCUAUUUGAGCUGGUACUCGUCCCCCAACUGUAGAAGGGAUUGGUAAGCAGAGGAGAAUACUUUUCAUAUAUUUUGCUUGUUUCAGGUAGCAGAAAGGUAAAUGGAUGGUCUCCAAGUUGCAACCUGCUAACUUUAAGAUUAAACACUUAAUUGAUUCUAAAUCAAGAAGGAAUACUGGGAAAAACUAGGUGAAGGGAGAAAAGGUAGUUCAAUAAAUGGAAAUCAAUGAAACGUAAUCAUUUAAAUUGUAACUAUCCAAGCACUUGAGCUUCGACAAAAAAUAUUAUGUAAGUGCCUAAUUCAAGAAGCUGAAGGUGUAUUACUGAAAAUGUCGAAGACAAUGAUCAUCCUGUGCUAUUUAUUGUAUGGAAUUGAGUUCAGAGAGGACUUUGUUAAUGCAAAAACAUCAGCUGAAUAGAUCUGAUGUAUGUACUGAAAUUAUUCUUGUAAUAUCCCUGUUCAGAGGGCAGAAUGGUCAAUUCUACUUCUGGCUUUACAUAGGGAGGUUAUGAAUGUAGCUCUUUGGAUUUGUAUAAAAGAAGCAACUUUGAGAUUAGUUCACAGGAAAUGUGUUCAUGCCUGUGUUUGACUACUAAAGAGUCAAAUGGAUCGGGGAUGUAAGUAUAACCUGCAACUAAAUGUGAUCUUGGCUCCUAUAUGCUGAUUGUCUAAAGGGAAAAUUUACCCUCAGCUCAAUAAUUUAUUUCUACUAAGAGGUUCCCCACAGACUUCAAUAGAACACCUGCUGACACUGGUAUCUAUUAGAGCUUUAAUUUCAUUGGCCUAAAUAGCCCUGAAAGGAGGGAAUAAAUCAAGCAGCUAUGUGAUGCUUUAUUAGGAAAUACUGCUCAUAAAGCUUCAGAAAAUGCAACAUGAGAGUAAAUUACUCUUACACUCUUUACUUUUUCAUACAUAAGGGAAAUUGUUACUGGUUUUCUUACGUUGAAAACUGCCUUUGGAAAUUGACCUACAUGUGUGUUGUGUGCUUGCUUAGGAAUAUAUGUGGUUGUAAAUUUGUUGUUGUUGUUGUUAAAUCAGGACAGCUACGCACCUUAUUUAUUCAAAAGUAUUGUAAAAGGAUUAUAUAACAGUAUCUAUUGAUACGUUGGCAAGGAGCAAAUGGGCCUUUAAAACCAAAUGGCAAUUGGCCAUCAAUGGACAGAGAUUGGUUAUGACAUUGCCCAUAUAGGAAAGGAGGGGGAAGGCUCUGGUUCUUUCCAAUCCGCUCAGAUCCCAAAAUGGUGGUGUGUAUGUGGAAGUUUUUCUCUCAAACCAGAGGGAGUGCCCAAUUUUGGGGAAUUUCUCCUUGCUUCUGCCUCCAUAUGUGGUGAUGCAGGGUCAGUGAAGUUAGGGAAAGAACUGAAUCCAUGGUAUCCUCCUUAGUGAUCAAUCUUCCUGUGGAUUUCAACUGUGUUCCCCUUUGCCCGCUUGUUUUGAUACUGCAUUGAAAGGCAGGGAAAUGGAGGAAUAGAUUAAAGAUAAAAUAUGAAAUAAAGAUCCCUGUGGACUGUUUUUAAAGAAACAUUCCCACCUGUGUUAAAUAAAAGUGCCUUAUUCAUUCUCAGACCAUGUUGUAAAGCUUUAUGUAGCAGACUGAGAUUAAAUUGUACAGAACACCAACAAGAAUCAUGUGCUAUUAACCAAAGUGUCUAACGUCUUCCCCAAACAGGUUUUGACAUUGUUGUGCUUUUAUUAAAGAGCUUUCUAGGGAUAGAGCCUAAAAGGAAACUUCAGAUUAAACAGCUUCUUUAUCUGGAAACCAGUGUUUACAUUACUAGGUUUCUUGCUGCCUACUGUGAGUAGCUCCAUUGAAGCCAACUGAACAGCCAGCCUUGAAAAGCUUCACGUUAUCUAUGUAUUGUAUUUGCACAGGUGGAACCUCAGAGGUUGAUUUGGAGACAGAAAAUGCACUUGUGCUGUUAAGUUUAACCAAUUAGCCUGUUUUUAUGUUUUAGACUAAUGGUAUGUCUUAACUAAGAAAUGCAGCGGUUCUGUAGGCAGAAAGGUGCCUUAGUUCAAAGGCUUUAAUAAAUAAUGAACUGGAACCUAGCCUGUGGGGAAAUACUGUAUUUUCAUGACCAGUGUCAGGCUGCUCAUUGGCCUGUUCUAUGCAAUUAAAGUGUAUGCAUUUACAAAAUUCAUUGUAUUAUUAUAUUUUGCUCUUUGUAUCUCAUUUUCUGACUUCCACUGAACCAUGGGACUUAUUAAAAAGAAACCACUAUUUUCAUCUCA